CCGAUUGAUCUGGUCUCGAGUCACAUGUUUUGACAAGUAAACAUGGCGGACGAGGAUCCAAACACCAAAGUUGAAUGCGAAGACGUUCCUGCAAAAGAAGAGCAACCAGGGGCUACGGAACCUGGGCAAAAUGAUGUCGCCAACGAUACCGACGAGCUCCAUAAGGACAAACGGGCAGACAGCUCCUGGUCGGCGCCGAUUCUGUCGUUUGCUCGGAAGGCGACGGAGACGCUGAGCAGUGGAGUGAAUCACUCCAGCGCGGGGUUAAAGGCAUCAGACACAUCACAAUACACCUCUGACACCUCACACCCUCCGAAGACAGCAGCUGUGAAGGAUCCCAUGGUGGUGGAGAGGUCAAACCUCCUCAGCAUGAUGAAGCUCAGCAUUAAGGUUCUGAUCCAGUCCUCCCUCAGUCUCGGCCGCACGCUGGACUCUGAAUAUCCACCUCUGCAGCAGUUCUUUGUGGUUCUGGAGCAUUGCCUUAAACAUGGCUUUAAAGUAAAGAAGACUUUCAUUGGUCAGAAUAAGUCUAUCUGGGCUCCUCUGGAGUUGAUGGAGAAACUGUGCCCAGAGUCAGCGGACAUUGCCACCAGUGUGCGGGAUAUGCCUGGAAUCAAGACAGGCCUCGGGCGAGCUCGAGCAUGGCUUCAUCUGGCUCUAAUGCAGAAAAAAAUCGCAGACUACAUGAAAGUGCUAAUAAAUAGAAGAGACCUUCUUGGGGAGUUUUAUGACCCCGGGGCUCUCUUAAUGGAGGAGGAGGGGGCUGUGAUCGUAGGGAUGCUGGUGGGUCUGAAUGUGAUCGAUGCCAAUCUGUGUGUGAAAGGAGAGGAUCUGGAUUCCCAGGUGGGCGUCAUUGACUUUUCAAUGUAUCUAAAGGAUCCACAAGCAACUGAGAACACACAGGAUGAUUCAAAAAUGACAGCCAUUCUUGACCAGAAGCACUACAUAGAAGAACUGAACCGGCAUCUGAGCUGCACAGUGACCGAUCUUCAGGCCAAGAUGGACUCACUGGAGAAGACCAACAGCAAACUCAUUGAGGAGCUUACAGGAGCCACAGACAGAAUCAAUGUUCUGCGCGAAGAGCAGGAACAACUUAAACAAGAAAAUGCUAAUAUUCUCCAAUCCAGUCAGAGGAAAGAGGAGGUGACUCUACAUGACAGCCAGGUUGAGCUAGAAACAUAUCGACAGACACGGCAGGGUUUGGAUGAAAUGUACAAUGUAGUCUGGAAGCAAUACAAGGAAGAGAAACGAAUCCGGCUGGAGCUGCAAAAGGAGCUGGAGCUGCAGAUCGGUCUGAAGCAGGAAAUGGAAGUUGCAAUGAAACUCCUGGAAAAGGACACACAUGAGAAAGAAGACACGCUGGGCACGCUUCGACAACAACUAGACCAAGUCAAGAAUCUCAACUUACAGAUGUUCAACAAAGCACAGAAGUCUGACCGAGUGGCCCAGAAAAAAGUGGAGGACAUGCAAGAGCUGGAAGAGAAGAUGAUUCAGAUGGAAGCAGCCAUGAAGGAACUAGAGCAGAGGCUUCAAAAUUCAGAAAAUGUGUGCAAGAACACGGAUGAAAGCCAGAAUGAGCUGAGAUCGGAGAUGAAAGGAAGAGUGAACACUCUGCAGAAGCGUCUCGCUGACCUUGAUACACUCCGGGCAGGCCUGGAGUCCGAGCUCAGCACAGAGAAAGAGCAGCGGCAGAAACUACAGAGAGAGCUACAGAGAGAACAGGACAACAGCACAGAGCUGCGCACACAACUGCAACAGCUGCAGGGCCUGCAGACGGAGCUUCUUGAUCUUCGACAGGAGAAGAAACAGCUCCAGCAACUGUGUGAGGAGCAGGAACAGGCUCUACGGGAGAUGGGCCUUCAUCUCAGCCAAUCCAAACUCAAGAUGGAGGACUUCAAAGAGGUCAACAAAGCCUUGAAGAGUCAUGCCUGGCUAAAAGACGAUGAUACUACACAGUGCAAGCAGUGCCAAAAAGAAUUCUCAAUCUCUCGGAGAAAGCACCAUUGCAGGAACUGUGGAGACAUCUACUGCAACAUCUGCUCCAGCAAUGAGCUGGCUCUGCCCUCGUACCCCAGACCUGUCCGCGUGUGUGACGUCUGCCAUUCCCUCCUGCUCCAGAGAAGCUCCAUCAGCUCCUGACAGCAUUCAACAUCUCUGCUGACCGUGUGUGUGAGAAACUACAAGGCCAAGUGUAUUAAUCAAACUCUCAAUCUCUGUUUUUUAACACUUAUGCAUUAAUUACUCAUGGCACCACUGGCUUCCAUUUGACUAAAAUCUUUUGAUCGUUGCAAAAUCAUAUGCAAAGAGGGUUUUUUUUUUUUUUUUUUUUUUUACAGGAAGACGCAUGGAUAAUUAGAAACUAACAUUAAUUU